AUGGGGCCGUCCCCCAACUCUCCACCAUCAACUCACACACCUGGUGAUGGAAUACCUACUUCUAGCAGCAUGCAGCACGCAAACAGUGUGCCUAAGAGCUUGAUGUAUGGUGCAGAGGGAACAGGUGGUCUCGUAUCAUCUACGAAUCAUCUGGACGACAUCGAACAUUUUGCAGAUGUUGAAUCAUUUCUAUCUCAUGAUGGAGGAGACGGGAGGGAUUUAUAUGAUGGCACAGUAAAGCAAGCUCUUACUGAGCAGAAAACAGAAUCUUCGAAGGGUUUUUCCUUUGGGGAAGUUGGUUGUAUACGUACAAGAAAUAAAGUUACUUCGUGUCAUUUUUCUUCUGAUGGGAAGUUGCUAGCUUGUGCUGGGCAUGACAAGAAG